ACCGUUGCUUCCGGGUGACUUCAAUGAAGAAAUCCUUUUGCAUUUGAUGCUUUUUGUGUCUUCUAAAGGAAAGCUGAAGGCUACGGGCUCAUUAAACGUUUAGAAAAUGAACAGAAUAUUCGGACGCGGAAAGCCGAAGGCGCCUCCUCCGAAUCUGUCGGACUGUAUCGGUAAUGUGGACGCAAGAUCAGAGUCCAUUGAGAAGAAGAUUGGCAGACUAGAUGCUGAACUUGUUAAAUACAAGGAUCAGAUGAAGAAGAUGAGAGAUGGGCCCUCGAAGAACAUGGUGAAACAGAAGGCGAUGAGAGUCCUGAAGCAGAAGAGAAUGUAUGAAGGUCAGAGAGAGCAGCUGGCUCAGCAGUCUUUUAACAUGGAGCAGGCGAACUACACGAUCCAGACGUUAAAGGACACCAAGACAACAGUGGAUGCCAUGAAGAUCGGUGCAAAGGAAAUGAAAAAGGCCUACAAGGACGUCAAACUCGAUCAGAUUGACGAUUUACAGGACCAGCUGGAGGACAUGAUGGAGGACGCCAAUGAGGUACAAGAGGCCCUGAGCCGCAGCUACGGCACUCCAGAGAUAGACGAGGACGAUCUUGAAGCAGAGCUGGACGCACUGGGCGAUGAACUGCUGCUGGAUGAUGACAGCUCCUACCUGGAUGAGGCCUCGGCUGCCCCGUCUAUCCCCGAAGGAAUCCCCAGUGACAGCAAGACAAACAAGGAUGGCGUUUUGGUGGAUGAGUUUGGCCUGCCACAGAUUCCUGCCUCAUAAACAAGAACCGGAUCACAAGAACUGCACUUCAACUGAAACCACUUUUAUAUGUAGAGUAACAUUUAUACAUGCAAAACAUUUGACCCAAGAACACUACAAUUUUGAAGCUGUCCUGGUGUUGGGUUGUGUGUCGUUACCACGACUGUGCUAGCAUGAGGCCUUGUAACACUACUGAACGAUUUUUUAAAAACAUUUUCUCCCUCAUGUCCUCCCGUCUAACCUCGUCAGUCUUGUUUAACAGUGUCAGUAUGACCACGUUUAUUUUUAUUUGUCUUAUUGUAUUGAAGUUUUCUGUGUUGUUCAGUCAUUACCAUUUUGUUUGAGUUCUUAACAGUGGAGAUGAUUCCCACUGAGCCUGUCUACAGGUGAUUUGAAACAUGCAAAAUAAAAUGUGUUUUAACUUAA